UCUCUGAAUUUAUUCUUUUUGAAAGAGUGAAUAAGCGAACAUUCAAUUUUUCUAUUCUUUAUUGGGAUUUAUUGAUAUUUUUUGAUAAUUUUACCAUGGAAGAAUUUCCUCAUCUCCCUGGAUAUUCAUUUCCAACAUAUUCAGAUCAAAAUUAUAAGCUAAAACAAAAGCUGAACUAUUCUAAUGGAUGUAGGGUGAUUUGUGAUUCAAGUGUCGGUAUUGGAAGACGUCCAGUUGAUGCUGCGUCUUCAGCAUACACUCAAGAACCUCUUCAAGAAGUGAUAUUCGAUCCUUCUUUGAUUUAUGGAAGAAAUAAAGAUUAUCCUUAUCGUCAAGUUAUUCCUCACUACGUUUUAUAUGCUCAAAAGUGUUUGAAUUUUAAAGCUUUUUUUCGACAAAAUAUUUUAAAUUCUCCUUCAGAACAAUAUAGAAUUCGUCAUGUGAAUAUUAUAUACUUCCUUGAAGAUGAUACCAUGUCUGUUAUGGAGCCUCCUGUAGAUAAUGCAGGAUUUAAACAAGGGAAACUUGUCAAAAGAAGUAAAAUUCCUCAAACCAAUGGAAAAUAUUAUCACUGGAAAGAUUUAAAUGUUGGAUUAGACAUAACAAUCUAUGGCGUUGUCUAUCAUACAGUGGAUUGUGAUCAAUUUACAAAAGAGUUUUUAACGAGUCAAGGAAUUGACGUGGGUGAUAAAGAAGAUCCACCAAUAGAUUCUUACACCCAAGAACGUUUAAUGAAACUCGAUGCAACUCGAGCUGCUUCGUCAUUGACAAAAAGAGCUCAUUCAGCACCAAGCAAAACUUUAAAACGUUUUCUACAAUACGAUGGAAUGAUUUUAACUUUUGAAGCAACAUGGAAUGAUGAUUUCUAUCAAAUUUUAUAUUUUUUAACGGAUGACACUAUUGCAGUAAAAGAAAUUCAAGGAUCUAAUAGUGGAAAAGAUCCUGUAAGAUUACUUUUAAAAAAAACUAAAGUUCCAAAAAAGUGGACCGACAUGCCUCAAACAUUUCCAAGUAUUUAUCUCGAGAGAGGAGAUGAAGAAGUUGAUGAAUAUUAUUCUCCAUUGGAUUUGAAGGUGGGAGAAACGAUUUUAAUUUUCAAUCGUCGAUUUUUCUUAUACGAUUGUGAUAAUUUUACUCGAAAUUAUUACAAGGAUAUUCUCAAUAUUAAUCAGCCUUUAAGAAUAUCACUGGAACUAACACAGACUCAAAAGAUUUGCAAUGAAACCCUGACUUCAAAGUCUCUGAAACAUAAAGAAAGAUCAAAGAAAGAAGAUGUAAUUAGAAAGCUUUACAAUCAUCCGAAAAAACUACGUUACUUAGCUUCUAUGGUUGCAGUACAUCCUGAAGACAAAGAUCGAGAUUUUAUUUUAGAGUAUAAUCUUGCGGAUGGUAAAAUAAAAAUUUUGGAAAUUGGUAAAAGAAAUUCUGGACAUCGUGCUGGUUGUUUUUUAGCUUCAAUGUAUGUUCCAAAGCCUUCAAGUUUUCAAAAACAAGAUGAUACUGAUGAUAUUAUUUAUUAUGGUCCAGAAGACUUUUAUAUUGGCGCAAAAAUAAAUAUUUUCAAUCAUCAAUUUAUUAUCAAAGGUGCUGAUCUAUUUGUUUUGCGAUAUAUUGAAGCUAAUCCUGAUAACUUUACUUCACAAUUAUUAGAUAAUAUGAGAAGUUAUUUUUCUGUAAAUGAAAAAAUGGAAAAAAAUGAAGAUAAAACAAUUGAUGAUAAUAAAAAUAAUUAUAAUGAACCAAUUUAUCCCGUAGACACAACUAGUAAUUCGCAGAAAAUUAUUUCUCAUCAUCUUUUAGAAGAAGAAAAAAAGGACAUUGCGGAUAAUUAUAAAUAUAUCGAUAAUAGAAAGGAGGAAAAUCGACAAAUUACUUGGCAAGAUGAGGUAGAAGUUCCUAUUAUUUGUAAUAACUAAAAAAAUUUUCAAUGCUACUGAUGGUAAAUAAAUAUCUCCGUAAAUGUAAACCAUCUCUGAUGCUUGAUACAAUGUUGUUCGAUAAUACCAGAAAUGAAUAAAUUAAUUACAUUAUUAAUAUACUAACUUGGAAAUGGUUGAA